AUGUAUGGUCUUGCUGUCAAGCAGCAGUCCGUCGACGAAGUUUUUGAGAAGCUCAGCCGAGAAGACGAUGGUGACACAAUGAAGCUUUACCUGUGGUCUGGCAUUCACUUGUUACGGUACUUCUGUAGCCUACUCAGCAAAGACUCCGUACAAAAUUGUGCACUGACAGUGACAACGGCCAGGCUGUUGCGGACGGAUAUUGCCAUGGCUCUUCGCCUCACAAUGCUACGUACUACCGAGUUCCUGCAAGAGGUCGAAGGCUCGUUUGCCAAAUUCGAGAUGCCAAUUCUAACAGGACAGGUUACAGAUGAACAUGAAGACAAACUUAGGGCAGUGUCUAUCGUGAUAGGUGACGUGAAUCAAGUGAUACGGAUGCGUGCGCUUGAGGCUGCUAUUCUGUGUGAGGAUGUCGUCCACGACUUCGCCGACAUUUUUGCUUCUGAAGAUAGCAGGAUCGACCUCAUGAUGCGUAUGAAGUUUCAUAUGGUCACUUUCCGCCAUACCAUUCUUAGGGUCUUUGGCAUACCUCUAGCAGCAACAAACCCCGCCACUCAACUAGGGUACCUGAAUGGCUUGCAAUGUUGCCUCCUGAGUUGUUGGGAUCUUGCGGCACGAUUACAAGACUCGGGUGGUGUCGAAGAGCACCGGGGUGAAGUUGUGGUCUCUCGCCAACUGUUAGAAAAUCGAGAGCUGCUGAUCUGGCUGGAAAUCUUAGAGUCUGCUGAAACCGGGGAUGACUGUACUGUUUUUCAGAACCUGGCCUGCUGGAAAUGUGCAGGAGAGAGUCUGAGGGAUUUGGCUCAACGCGUUCAAAAAGGAUGUGCCCAAGAAGAAUUGGAGGGAGGGAAGGUGGUGUAUCUCAAGCGUGUCGACAUAUCCUCAGGUAUCCCUAGAGCAUAUUGGGCUUCCCACCAAUUCUAA